GUGUCAGUCACCGGUCAAACUUCGUUCAAGGCAGAUUCUUCGCGACUUUCGUUAGACGGAAUUCGGUUGCUAAAAAAUUCGCGGUUCACGCCUUUGUUUGCUUGUUAUUCGAUUGAAACAAAGCGGUGGUCGCUUCCCUUUCACCACUCGAAAUCAUAGUUUGAACGGGAUUUCAACAAAUGUGUUUGUGCAACGUGGUAAAGUGAAUAUGAUGGUGUACAAAAUAGUGACACUUUUAUUAGUUGUUCCUGUUAUUACAAGUUCACCGUGGGUGCCGUUAUCAAACAACGGGUUUCGAUUCCCCAGUGAGGUUCACCCACAGCCGGAAGUGUACAUUGAGAGGAUAAGCAGCUUUGACAAGUGGGCGAAGUAUUAUGCGAAAGAGCCGGUUCAACGAAUAGUAUUCUGGGACGACGAUUUUGAAUGUAAAACACCAACAAACAAACGUGGACUAUGCGUCUCGUUCUAUGACUGCCCCAGCAUGCUCUCCUUUUUCGGCGAUCGAAUAUUGACGUGGGAAGAACGGGACUUCCUUAGGCGUUCCGUCUGCACCGGAGCAACCUCCGGGCGUCAACCGUAUGUUUGCUGUCCGGAUCGGAAGACGGACAAUAAAGAUGCCGCUAGUACUACAACACCGGUUCCGGUUCUCACUUCUGUUCUGACGUCGGCGGACAAAGACAAACCCAUAGAAAAGGAAAACCGCGUUGGAGGACUGCUUCCGGAUCCGACCAAGAACGAGUGUGGCAUCAGUAUUGGAAUGCGAAUCUACGGAGGUGAAAAUGCUGACAUCGAUGAGUUCCCAUGGCUGGCGAUGCUACAAUAUGAAAACCACCGAGGAGAACGUAAAUACAGUUGUGGAGGAUCGUUGAUCAACAAUCGCUACGUGCUUUCGGCGGCACAUUGCGUUGUUGGCGAGGUGGAAAAGAAAGAAGGCAAUUUGGUCGGCGUCCGGUUGGGUGAAUAUGACACGACCACAGAAAUUGACUGUAUCACGCUGGACGGUGAGCAAAUUUGUGCAGAUCCGCCAAUCGACGUCCCAGUGGAAGAAAAGCUCGCACAUCCAGAAUACAACGAAAAGUCGAUGCUGAAUGACAUUGCACUGCUGCGGUUGGAUCGGGACAUUCAGCGAACGGAUUUCAUUCAACCGGUUUGUUUGCCCGCGUCCAACUUCAAGAACUCGCUGGCUGGUGAUGUCAAUUUCGUUACCGGGUUCGGGCGAACUUUGCAAGGCAGUCGCAGUGCGAUCAAGCAGAAGCUUGGCAUAAAAGUGUACGACCAGGAGCGGUGCCGCACCAAAUUUGCUACCAAAAAAGCCGAAAUUACGCCCAAGCAGCUCUGCGCCGGGGGCGACUUUGCCAAGGAUUCGUGUCACGGCGAUUCCGGUGGCCCUCUGAUGAAGCUGCAAAAAGUGUGGACCCUGGAGGGGGUCGUGUCCUAUGGCAACCGCUGCGGACUGGAGGAUUGGCCCGGCGUUUACACCCGUGUGCAAGCGUACAUGAACUGGAUCCGAGACCAAGUCAGGAGCUGAUGGGUGCGCUGACUCUCUGAUGAAUUCCAAUAUGUGAUUGCUGUAAUUUAUGCUGGUAGAGAAAUAUAAUCAACAACGAAAUUCCAUAAUAUGAAGACGGCUUCACAGAAA